AUAUAUAUAUAAACCCUCGAAUUCAAGCAGCUCUCGCUCACCAGUCACCACUCACUACGCUGAAGAAACUAACAUGGCGGAACUCAAUUUCUUUGUUGGGGUCAUAGGGAACAUCAUCUCAACCCUCAUGUUUCUUUCUCCUAUGGAUACAUUUGUGAGAAUAAUAAAGAAAAAAUCAACGGAAGAUUUCUCAAGCAUGCCUUAUAUUUGCACAUUGCUUAACUCCUCUCUAUGGACUUACUAUGGAAUCAUAAAGGAAGGAGAGUACCUUGUGGCCACUGUUAAUGGCUUCGGUGUCUUCGUCCAGAUUAUCUACAUUCUUCUAUUCCUUCUCUAUGCACCAAAAACAAUCAAGAUAAAGAGUGCGAUUAUGGCUGGGAUAUUGGAUGUUGGGGUGUUGGGAGCAGCAAUAUUAACAAGUGAAAUAGCAUUGAAGGGAGAGGCUCGUACUAAUGCAGUUGGUGUCAUGGGUGCAGGCCUUAACAUUCUUAUGUAUGCUUCACCUCUUGCUGCCAUGAAAACAGUGGUGACGACAAAGAGUGUAGAAUAUAUGCCAUUCUUUCUUUCGUUUUUCUUCUUUCUAAACGGUGGCGUUUGGUUGUUUUACGCUUUUCUUGUUCGCGAUGUUAUUCUUGGGGUAAGUCUACAUUCUUCUUUCCUUUUAUUUGGACUAAUAUUGAUACUAUAUUGUAUCUAUAGAAAUGGAAAAUCAUCAUCUAAGCACACUUCAAAGCAGGGAUUGGAAGAAGGAUCUGAAUACAAUGAGCAUCUCAUUUCUCAUCCCCAACUUAGCUAAAACCUACUUCAAUUCCUUAGCUUGUCCAGAUCUUCAUCAUUAUAUGGUGAAGUCUAUGGUAUGGAGAUAUGGUGGGCCACAUUUUUUGCAAUAUUUUUUAUUUUCAUUUUUACAUUAAAAAAUGUUUUUGAAUAUUUAAAAAAAUUCCUUUAAUUUUAGUAAUAUUUUAAAAA